AUGGUCACCAAGAGCAAGCUCCGGCUGGCCCUUGCCGCCGAGAAGGGCGUCGACUUCAAGAAAUUGAAGCAGGAGAAGAAGCACAAAGCUGCCCUCAAGCGCAAGCGGGCAGAGGCCGGGCCGGAGGACCAGGAGCCGGAGCCCGAAGAGCCGGAAGACGAGGAGAGUGCUGAGGGCGAGGAAGAGGGAGAGGACGAGGAUGUGCAGGCCACAUUGAACCUGGAUGGCGUAGACGACAGCGACACUUCUGAGUCGUCCAUUGAGCUCGAGGAGAAGAUUACAAGAGUCAAGAAGCCGUCAGGAGCAAAGCGCAUCCCGUCUGCCGACGACGAUGAGGACGACGAGGAAGACGAAGACGACGAGGAUAUACCGGUGUCUGACCUAGAGGAUCUCGACGAUGAGGACAAGGAAGAUCUCAUCCCCCACAGCCGUCUCACCAUCAACAACACAGCCGCCCUGCAAGCCGCACUCGACCGCAUAGCCCUCCCCACAGACAAGUCUGUUCCUUUCUCGUCGCAUCAGUCCAUCCUCGCGACCGCCGACACGGCCGAUUCCAUCCCCGACGUAUCCGACGACCUCCAGCGCGAGCUGGCAUUCUACACUCAGUGCCGAGACGCCGCCCUCACCGGCCGCUCCAAGCUACUAGCCGAGGGCGUCCCCUUCUCCCGGCCCAAGGACUACUUCGCUGAGAUGGUCAAGGAGGACGCGCACAUGGACAAGGUCAAGGCCAAACUGGUCGAAGAGGCGUCCGCCAAGAAGGCCGCCGCCGAGGCCCGCAAGCUGCGCGACCUCAAGAAGUUUGGCAAGCAGGUCCAGGUCGCCAAGCUGCAGGAGCGCCAGAAGGAGAAGCGCGAGACGCUCGAGAAAAUCAAGACGCUCAAGAGAAAACGCCAAGAGUCCGGAGGCGACCUCGGAACGAAUGAGGCUGACAUGUUUGAUGUCGGCGUCGAGAGCGAGCUGGCGAAGCACUCCCAGCGCAGCGCCGGCAAGGGGAAGCAGUCACAGUCCGUCAACAACAAGCGUCAAAAGAAGAAUGAGAAGUUUGGCUUCGGCGGCAAGAAGCGCCAUGCCAAGUCGGGCGACGCCAUCAGCUCCGGCGAUCUCUCCGGCUUCAAUGCCAAGCAGAUGAAGGCGUCGGGCCGGCCGAAGGGCAAGGCGCAGCGGCCCGGUAAGGCCAGGAGAAAAGCAAUGGGCACGCGGUAA